GGUAUAUUUAAAUGCAGAGAAGAUCAAAAAAAUUCUGGUCUCUUGUAGUUGCUUAUUUCUCAAUAGCUGCUUUAACUUUUCUUCACUUGACGCAAUCGCAGAUGCUAACUCAGGUCACAUUCUUAAAAGAACCUCUUGAUUUUUAGCUAAUUUAUACGUCAAGAUCUAGUUUUGGAGGCAUGAUGUCUCAUUCUGAGAAGUCAGAUGCACUGGUUUUCUUUGUGAAUGGAAGAAAGGUGAUCGAGAAGAAUGCAGACCCUGAAGUAAAUUUAUUGUUCUAUUUGAGAAAAAAGCUCCGUCUGACAGGAACCAAAUAUGGCUGUGGAGGAGGAGGCUGUGGGGCUUGCACAGUGAUGAUAUCAAGAUACGACUCUAGUAACAAGAAGAUCUGGCAUUACUCUGUCACAUCCUGCUUGGUUCCUAUAUGCUCUCUCUAUGGGGCUGCAGUCACCACUGUGGAAGGUAUUGGAAGCACCAAAACCAGGAUUCACCCUGUUCAGGAAAGGAUCGCUAAAGGCCAUGGCACACAAUGUGGGUUCUGUACUCCAGGGAUGGUGAUGUCCAUAUAUACUCUCCUGAGGAAUCACUUGCAGCCAUCCACUGAGCAGCUGAUUGAAACCUUGGGGGGUAACCUGUGUCGCUGUACUGGAUAUAGGCCAAUCGUAGAAAGUGGGAAAAGUUUCAGCGCUGAGUCAUCUUGCUGUCAAAUGAAAGGAACAGGGGAAUGUUGCUUGGAUCAAGAAGAACAUGAAUCUGAGAAUAAAAGUGAUGUCUGCACCAAACUGUACCAAGAAGAAGAAUUUUUGCCCUUGGAUCCAACCCAAGAAUUUAUAUUUCCACCUGAACUCAUGAGAAUGGCAGAAGAGGCAAGAAAGAAGACACUAGUGUUCCAGGGGGAGAGGAUUACCUGGAUUUCCCCUGCAACCCUGAAUGACCUUUUGGAGCUCAAAUUGCAAUAUCCCCAAGCUCCUCUUGUCAUGGGCAACACCUUCGUGGGACCCAACAUGAAAUUCAAAGAUGUCUUUCACUCAGUUAUCAUCUCUCCCGCUAGAAUUUCGGAACUGAAUGUUGUGAUGAUUGAUGCAAACCAAGGGUUGACUAUAGGUGCUGGCUGCAGCCUGGCCCAGGUGAAAGAAAUCCUGACUGAAAUGGUUUUAAAGCUCCCAGAGGAGAAGACUCAAACUUACCAAGCACUCUUGAAACAUUUGAGAACUCUGGCGGGACAGCAGAUCAGGAACAUGGCUUCCUUAGGAGGACACAUUAUAAGUCGGCUGGCAGCAUCUGAUCUCAAUCCUGUCUUGGGUGUAGGCAAUUGUGUACUCAACUUGGUAUCAAAAGAAGGAACACAACAACUUCCUUUAAAUGAUCAUUUUCUUGCUGGGUCACCAGAUGCAAACCUUACAUCAAAACAGGUUUUAGCCUCUGUUUUUAUUCCUUUCUCUAAAAAGUGGGAAUUUGUGUCAGCUUUCCGACAGGCACAGCGUCAGCAGAAUGCCUUAGCAAUUGUGAAUUCUGGAAUGAGAGUCCGUUUUAAGGAAGGCACAAAUACCAUUAUGGACUUAAACAUUUUAUAUGGAGGAGUCGGUUCUGUUACUGUUAGUGCAAAGAAAUCAUGUCAGCAACUCAUAGGAAGGGCCUGGAAUGAGGAGAUGCUAGAUGAAGCCUGCAGGUUAGUCCUAGAUGAAGUGACUAUCCCAGGCUCAUCUUCUGGUGGAAUGGUAGAAUACAAAAGAACUCUCAUGAUCAGUUUCCUCUUCAAAUUCUACUUGGAAGUGUUGCAGGACUUAAAUGUUAGGGACCCCAGAUAUCCUGAUGUCCCCAACAAAUUCCAGAGUGUCCUGGAAGACUUCCCCUUAACCAUACCCUGUGGGACACAGGCUUAUGAGUGUGUAGACUCCCAUCAGCCACCCCAAGAUCCAGUUGGCCGUCCAGUCAUGCACCAAUCAGGUAUUAAACAUGCCAGUGGGGAAGCCAUAUUUUGUGAUGACAUGCCUGCUAUAGAUGAAGAACUCUUUCUAGCUGUAGUAACCAGCACACGACCUCAUGCAAAAAUCAUCUCAAUUGAUGCAUCUGAGGCUCUUGCUUUGCCUGGAGUAGUUGAUGUCAUAACAGCUCAAGAUAUUCCAGCUCAAAAUGGUGAUGAAGAAGAGAGGCUGUAUGCCCAGGAUGAGGUAAUUUGUGUGGGACAGAUUGUUUGUACUGUGGCAGCCGAUUCAUACUUUCAUGCUAAGCAGGCAGCUAAAAAGGUGAACAUUGUGUAUGAAGACAUGGAGCCAGUGAUUGUGACAAUUAAGGAUGCAGUAAGUCACAAGUCAUUCAUUGGAUCAGAAAAAAAAUUAGAACAAGGAAACAUUAAGGAAGCAUUUCAAACUGUUGAUCAAAUCAUUGAAGGUGAGGUACAUAUGGGAGGACAGGAACAUUUUUAUAUGGAAACCCAGAGCGUGCUUGUGAUUCCAAAGACAGAAGAUAAAGAGAUGGAGAUAUAUGUAUCAAGCCAAGAUGCUGCAUUAGUGCAGGUUAAUGAUGCCUUUGCCCAAAGCAUUAGUCUGUCAGCCACUGGAUAUUUUAGGGGCUACAAAGCAGACAUGGACUGGGUGAAAGGAGAAGGUGAUGUUUAUCCAUACUUUGUUUAUGGAGCAGCCUGUUCUGAGGUUGAAGUUGACUGCUUAACAGGAGCACAUAAGAACAUCAGAACUGACAUUGUCAUGGAUGCCAGCUUCAGCAUUAAUCCAGCUAUAGAUAUAGGACAGAUUGAAGGUGCAUUUACCCAAGGGGUUGGACUUUAUACUUUGGAAGAACUGAAAUACUCUCCUGAGGGAGUCCUGUACACCCGAAGCCCAAAUGAAUAUAAGAUUCCUUCAAUCACUGACAUCCCAGAGGAGCUUAAUGUUUCCUUAUUAACAUCAACAAAAAACCCAAUUGCAAUCUACUCAUCUAAGGGCCUAGGUGAGUCGGGAAUGUUCCUUGGAUCAUCUGUGUUCUUUGCUAUACAUGAUGCUGUGACUGCAGCACGAAAAGAGAGAGGCCUGACUGAGACUUUUACAAUGAGCAGCCCUGCAACCCCUGAGCUGAUUAGAAUGAUUUGUGUGGAUAAAUUUACUGACCUGCUGUUUUGA